GAGGGAGAGGUGGGCAGCUCUCUGAGGAAAGAGGGAGUCUCUCUCUUUCUCUCUCAGUCAGGCUUGCCGGCUGCUGGUCUCUUCUUCCUCCUGUCUGCUCGAGUUCUCUCUCUGCCGCCGGCUGGCUGGAGGAGUUUAGCUGUGUUUUGGCUGCUGUCUGGAUUUGAACAUGGACUCCGGCUGAACUGCUACACGCAGCGAGACACGAGAUACAAUGCAUGCCUGAGGGUUAAAAGUAGCUGUGUGGCAGCAGCUUUGUCUUUCUGAAGACAUUUGUGGCAUGAAACCAGAUUGCCUACAUCUUUCAUUCAUCACCUCCUCCUUCAUCUCCCUCCACCACUCUCCAGUUAGGAACUCUCACCUCAGCUCCACCGCAUUGAUGAGGUAACGUCAAGCUAUACACAGCGCAGCACCCACCUGCACAAACACCACCCUCCCCCCUUCCUCCCCGUCCUUCUGUCAACCCUUCCAUCGCAGCCAUGGGACAGAAGAUCUCUGGUGGCAUUAAAUCGGUAGAUGGCCGCGGGGAAAGCGGUGGCUCCCCGUCCUACCGGCCCUCGGCUCACCGCCGGCAGCACCCAGAACUGAGGGAUCCAGAUUUCUCCAAACCUCCCAGGUUAGAUCUCCUACUCGACAUGCCAUGUGCUGGACUGGAGACCCAGCACCGUCACGCGUGGAACGCUGACGACCGCUCGCUCAACAUCUUCAUCAAAGACGAUGAUAAACUGACUUUUCACCGCCACCCGGUCGCUCAGAGUACCGACUGUAUCCGGGGGCGUGUCGGAUACACAAGGGGUCUCCAUGUGUGGAAGAUCCACUGGCCUUCCCGGCAGCGUGGCACCCAUGCCGUGGUUGGGGUGGCAACCUCAGAAGCUCCUUUACAUUCUGUCGGGUACACGGCGUUGGUGGGGUCGGACUGUGAAUCCUGGGGCUGGGAUCUGGGACGCAACAGGCUCUACCAUGACAGUAAGAACAGGGCCCACAGCUCGCUGCCCUCUUACCCUUGUUUCCUGGAGCCGGAGGAGUCGUUCACCCUGCCGGACUCUCUGCUAGUGAUUCUGGACAUGGACGAAGGGACGCUGAGCUUCAUGGUGGAUGGACAGUAUCUAGGAGUCGCAUUUAGAGGACUGAAAGGCAAGAAGCUGUAUCCCAUCGUCAGCGCUGUGUGGGGACAUUGUGAGAUAUCCAUGAAGUACAUCAACGGCUUGGAUCCCGAGCCUCUUCCUCUGAUGGACCUGUGUCGGCGUGCGGCCCGCCUGGCAUUGGGUCGGGAGCGGCUUCAAGAGAUCGAGACCCUCCCACUGCCCCAGUCCCUGAAAAAUUACCUCCAAUACCAGUGACUGACACCAGCAGAGCCAACUGGGAGUACAAGGGCGCAAACCAGACCACCAGAAAGCUAAAGAUGGAUGGGUAAAAGAAAUUAAAGAAUGCAAAGAGGGGGAUGAUGGAUAGAAGAAUGUCCACACUGAGAGCGCCAUACCUCUACAAGACAUGGAUUCAUAAAAGCAUAGAGAGAAAGAUGGUGGAUGAACUGACGGAGGAGGUCCAGGUUUUCAAACAAAGAACAGGACAGCACCAGCUUCUUUUGGAUUUCCAGCUGCUUUUUCAUUCAUUUUUGACUUGAAAUAAAUUAUUAAUGAUGGUAUUCCAUCAGUGUCUCACUCAUCCAGAAAGAAAUCCCAUCCUCUGAUGGCAUGGUGUGAUUAAGAGGUGGCAGACACAGUGUUAAGACGGCCGCCGCCACCUAGUGGUGAGAAUAAAAACUGCGCAGAGAAAGCACACUAAUCCUAUCCCUGGAGGCCUUUCUGACACAGUCAGUGAUCAUAUCAUUGCUGUUGGAUACCAUAGUGUGUUUUUUUUAUUAAUGGUCUCCACUAGCACAGGUGACAGGCUACAGAGCCCAGAUGUCCAAGAGUGUUUUAGCACUAAUUUGUGUUUUUAUUUGACUCGGGGCCCGACCAAAAGCUCACAUCGCAUACAGAGUAGAUCAAAACAUGGCUGCCGUGUAUAUGCAAAGUUUAGUAAAAGAAAUAAGCAUGCCGAACUAAUCUCCUGGCUUCAUGCAGACAUCUGAUGAGAGGUAAGCCCUUUUCAAACGUGGAAUAAGCAACGUUUAUCAGUUAAAUAGAUGGCCUGUCAUUCAGAGUUGGUUAUGUAAAAGUUUGUUAUGGCUACAUUUACAAUGCUUGUACAGUAUUUAGCUGCUGGUGCGCGAGAAGGUGCGGUAGAGCCGAAAAUUAAUGAUAUGAAUGAAGAAAAGAGUGAGAGAAGCUCACCACCAGUUCACCACUCAUCAAUUUCAUCAUUUAAUAGUUUAUUUUAUAACACGUAUUUUAUUCUGCUGCAUAUUUUAUACUAUAAUGUUCAACUGUGCACAAGUACAGAAUGACAAGACUUUACGUAUUACUUUACUGUAUGUAAAGCAUUUUUAUAUACAGGAUAUAUUCACCCAUGAAAUUAUAGCCUGAAUGAAACUUAGGAGUGUCUCAUGAUCAUUGUUAAUGUAUGACGCUGCAAGGGGAAAUAAAAAUCCUUUAGUCUUGUCCUUAAAGUCUGAUCUGACAUGAGAACAAUCUCCUCAACAACUUAAAAUUGGCUUAUUUACAGUGUUUCAAUGUCUUCUAAAUUGCUUUGUGCAUAAGAAAUGAUAAUUAAGUGGUAAAAUUGUUACAGUGCUCUUAAAGCUCCUGAAAACUUGGCCUCAAAUCUUAGUUAUUUCUCUGUAAUAUUAAAUAUUCAUAUCUUAAUAAGCACCAAUCAAAGUUGACUUAAAAAAAACUCAUCUAAACUGCUUCAUCUGGACUGUGUGGGUGUGGUUUGAUCAGAUUUUAUUGACAGUACCCAAACAACCCACCAAUUGUCGCCAGAUUUGACUUCAAAUGUUGCUGAAUUCCUGAUUGGUGGAUGGAAAAUACGUAAAUUAACCUUAUUCUAAAUGAGCACUGCCAGUCUCUCAGAAGAGCAGACAGAAGAAGAAAUACAAAUUCAUACAAAUCUCUAAUAUGAAGUAACUGUUCUAACUUUGGCAGAAAAUUGUGUUCUUGUCGGACCCCGUUAAUCGUAGUUAGAAGUUGAAUGAGAACAUUCUUUUUAGGGCCUUUUAAAAAGGGAACAAAGCAUGCGUUUAAUCCUUUAAUGUGCAUACUUUGUGAUGCUGCGGCCUUUAUGUUAAUGUCAUGAUAUUCAAUUAAGACUUGCGCUGUGUGGGAAGUGUUAUGGAAAUGUUACUGGGUCCGACUUAUUAGGAUUGCCGUCGCUGCAUGUCUGAAAGGGGCUUUAAUAAAGAAACAAACUGGACAAAACUGCUCGCUGUUUAAAGCAGUGUUGAGUUGCACUGAGAACCAUUCCUCACAGGACACUAAAUUAUGUAUUAUGAUGUCAGUCACAACCAAAUUAUUUCAUACGAAGCCAUGGAGUGUGUGGAUGUGUCUGUAGGAGCUGUAGGUCGUGGCCCGUCGCAGUGUAACCAGUGCUAACAUGCUGUUGGCUGUAAGAAGAGCCUCACCUGCUGUUGUAGCACCCUGCUGUAGCUCACUGGUACCAGACAGUAUCUGUCUGCUCUCCGCACAAUUGUCUUAAUGACCACAAACAAACAAACAAACAGGACCAGAGCAGAUCCAGUCUCACUGGAUCUAUAAUGAAGGCUGGAGUGGGAUGUAGGAACAUUACUGCUACUGCAGUGCAAGGGCAGUUUGGCUCAGAAUAGGAUGCAGAUGACCAAUGCACAACUACACACACACACACACACACACACACACACACACACACACACACUGUAGACCAAUCAUGUUUUCUUUCCUAAAAAAAGCUUGAGUCACUUUUUUUUUGCUUUUACUUCUGAGUUUGUAUCCUACAUUAUCAUUAUUAUUAUUAUUAUUAUUAUUAUUAUUAUUAUUGUGAGUGUGUCUGAUUCUGAUGAUGGUAGGAUGAUGAUGAUGAUGAUGAUGAUUAUGAUCAUUAUUUAUCACAAGCUAGUUCUAUGUUUGUUUUUUUUAACUGAUGGUUACAUUCAGGUAAAUUGAAUACAAAGAUGCUGGUGAUGAAGGGAGAGAUAAAUCCCAUUUCUUCAAUGCUGCUUUUAUUAUUAUUAUUAUUAUUAUUGUUAUUAUUAUUAUUUUAUUAUUAUUAUUUGUGAUGGUGGUGUUCUUACCUCCUGUUUUCAUCAGUUAGGAUGGGGAGAAAAGGACUAUUCAGAAAAGUAGUAGAAUGUAUGGACAGAUGGUGCAGUUGAGAUGUCAACAGAUAUGAAAUGUGAAUAAAAGCCAAGAGAAUUUAAAAAA